AAGUUGUGGUGGGCGUCCAACUGUUUGAAGUCUGAAUUCCCGGUGCAACUUGAACGCACCAUAAAAGCCAAAGGAGUUGUGCUAGCAACUGUUAGCUGUCAGCCGGUCCGAGUCGUCGUGUCAGGAUGGAGGUGACACGCAAAUGUUUUAAGGACUGUUUAAACUUCGUGUACACCGCAAUAGAAGAGGCUGACUUUCUUGCCAUCGAUGGAGAGUUUUCAGGAAUCAGCGAUGGCCCCAGCGUCAGUGCACUCACCAACGGGCUGGACACGCCCGAGGAACGCUACACCAAGCUCAAAAAGCAUUCCAUGGACUUUCUGCUCUUCCAGUUUGGACUGUGCACCUUCAACUAUGACCAGAAAGAGUCCAAGUACAUCACAAAGACUUUUAACUUUUACGUUUUCCCCAAACCAUUCAACCGAUCGUCUCCCGACAUCAAGUUCAUCUGUCAAAGUUCCAGUAUUGACUUCCUGGCCAGUCAAGGCUUUGACUUCAACAAGGUCUUCUGUAACGGAAUUCCUUACCUGAACCAGGAGGAAGAGGCCCAACUGAGAGAGCAGACCGAGGAGAGGCGGAGCCAACAAGCUAACGGCGUGGGAACGCCCUCCUUCAUCUCGCCGUCCUGCUCCAAAGGCCCCGCCCACAUACCCGAUGAGCACAAAGACUUCAUCAACAGAGUAGUGGAGAAGGUUGAGAUGCUUUUCUCGGGUACAGAAAAGACUGUGGACUUGGAGUCAUGCACCGGUUUCCAGAGGAAGCUGAUAUACCAGACACUCAACAGGAAGUUUCCCAAGGGGCUCCAUGUGGAAACCGUGGAAACAGACAAGAAGGAGCGCUUCAUCCAGGUCAGCAAGAUGGAUGAAGAGGAGAGGAAAAAGCGGGAGCAGCAAAAACUGGAGCGAGAACAGGAGGAGCUAAACGACGCAGUGGGUUUCUCCCGGGUCAUCCACGCCAUCUCCAAGUCUGGUAAGCUGGUGGUGGGCCACAACAUGCUGUUAGACGUCAUGCACACCAUCCACCAGUUCUACUGCCCUCUACCUGAUGAUCUUCAAGAUUUCAAAGAGGUCACGAUGUGUGUUUUCCCUAAGCUUCUGGAUACAAAGUUGAUGGCUUCCACUCAGCCCUUUAAGGAAAUGAUUAGCAACACUUCUCUGGCUGAGCUGGAGAAGCAGCUGAACGAGAGCCCCUUCAAGGCUCCUCGAAUUGAGGCGGCAGAAGGCUUUCCCAGCUACAACACAGCCAAGGAGCAGCUGCACGAGGCCGGCUACGACGCCUACAUCACAGGCCGCUGCUUCAUCUCCAUGGCCAACUUCCUGGGCUCCUUCCUGACUCCGCCCAAAGCGUACGUCUCAGCUCGCUCCAAACUCAUCGAGCCGUUCUACAACAAGCUGUUCUUGAUGAGAAUCAUUGACAUUCCCUACCUCAACAUCACAGGACCAGAUUUGCAACCCAAACGGGACAACGUACUCUAUGUCACCUUCCCUAAAGAAUGGAAGACCAGCGACCUCUACCAGCUCUUUAGUGCCUUCGGGAACAUCCAGGUCUCAUGGGUGGACGACACCUCUGCCUUCGUGUCCCUCAGUCAAACGGACCAGGUGCAAAUAGCCAUGAACACCAGCCGCUAUGCAGAGAGCUACAAGAUCCAGACGUACGCCGAGUACAUCCGAGGCAAGCAGCAGGACAAAAACAAGCUGGCUCACACUUCCAAAUUCUGGAAGGAGGACUGCUGGGUGAAGCCUCACUACACCCCCUCUGGAUACUCCCGGGCUCUGAAACGAAGCAUCAGUCCCGUUCAGCUGGAACAAGGUGAAGCUGGCGCGGCUGACGGCUGGAGUAACUACUCUUACUCGGACAGCACGGCAAGCAAGAAGAUGAAAACUGACGAAGUUGUGGAGAGUAAGACAUCAGAAGGAUGGCUCAAAACCACGGAGGCAUCACAGUCCCCCGGGUCGAGUCCCGUCCCCGAGGAGAACAGUCCCGGUGCUCCGGAUCACGCGAAGGACGCCGAGGGGACGCUCACCUGGCAACAGGCGGCCGCCGUACCUGGGCACAAAAGUCAAAAGAACAAGAAAAAGUCUGAAGCUGCUGGAACAUCACCACUCUUUGAGGUUCCCCAGGUGUGGUAGCAGGAAGAGGAGGCGUGCCGCUGCCGCCGCUCUUAAUGCUUCCCCCCCCCCCCCCCCCCCCCCCGAAGCACUUGGACUCUUCUGCGAGGUCGUUGCAUAGCUGGGGGCCUCCUCUUGGGCAGGUGUGGCCUGGUACUACUACUCAAAUCAAUACAAGCCAUAUGUGACAAGUCUUCUGGUUUAAACACACAAUCUGAAAUUGAAAAUCAUUUUGUUUUUCCAAGUUAUUUUAUACGUUAAGUGUGAAUACUGGCAUCGAGCGCCACAGCCCACGCUGGAGUCAUUUUUAUGGCGUCGUCCCCUUUUGACUCACGGUGUAUUUUACUGUGUGUGUGUGUUCACACGAAAGAUGAGCGUUAAAGUGUGUGUGUUUGUUAAUUCCAUAAGCUGCCACUCGACAAGUUAUGUAGUUUACAACAUCAGGGUUUAUAAUAUGUAUUUAAAAAAAACUCUUUUUUUUUUGUAGUUUUUUUUAGAAAAAAUGUAAACGAUCAACUUCUGUUUUAUCCAGCAUAUAUAUAUAUAUAUAUAUAUAUAUAAAUGUAUCAACAAUAAUGUGAUAAUUUAUUAGAGCUGUAAUUUCACUCCUCCAGAGGUGCUUUUGUUUUUUUUUGUACAGAUGUUUGUUUUUGUAACCAGCGUCUAUUGAAAACGUGUAAAUGUAUGUUCUUUGGUAAAACAUGUAAAAAAUC